GGGAAUCCUUUGGUUAUGCAGAAGUAGGCAAAUAUGGCGACGGAGGAUGAGGCAGGUAAUCAUGAAAGCGAGGGAGGACCAGGCUUAGGAGGCAGUGCUGUGCAAAGCAAGGAAGGACAGAAAGACAGGGAAUCAACAAAUCCGGAUGGCACGGAAGGGAACCGGAAGGAAAUAUCCUCGGGGGAGAACUCGGAAAAAAACGGGGGAAGCAGACAGGGGACUCAGGAAAACAAGGACGGCAGAAAUAAGGAUAGGGCAAGCCCCGGAAACUCGGAGGGAGCUGUGUCUAAGAAAGUAAGGGUCACGGACGCGAGGCGCAAACUAGCAGAGAUAGAGAAAAGGACCGCGAAAUACAAGGCAUGGUUAAUCGAAGAAAUGAUGACUGGGAACGAGGAAGACUCUCUGCAGGAGGUACCGCGAGACGAACAGAAAACCAGCCGGGGCGGAACUGGGCAAGGGGACAAGGGUAGUGAUCAUGGGGGAACGCUGAGCAAAAGAAGGAAAGAAAGAGAGAACUCUCCGAGAAUGGAGGCAGAGAAGGCUACGAACCCCUUAGCCACAGACAGUAGGGCUAGCCGUCUACCGACCUCGCCAGCGGUAUCGCGAGGAUGCGAAGGGCUCUGGAGCCUCAGAGAAAGGGUGUUGGGAUGGUUCGACCCGAAAGGAACGACAAAGACUAGAGGAGGGCAGAAGACUAGCAAGGAAGGGCCAGAUACCAGCGUGGCAGGCGAGGCCAGUACCUCCGAAGGCGGCCUUAGCAAGAUAGUAUCAUCCCUCACACGAGCACUAAACAAAAAUCAAGGCUACCUAGCGGAUGCUAAGAAAAAGUUGACGUUCGAUGGGGCGAACAUUACGGAGUUCCUGAUCGACUACGAGAACCUAGCUGCGUUACUAAAGUGGACCGAGGAGGAAAAAAUGGAGCACCUAGGACAGCUUGUGUCGUUAAGCCUAGGACGGGACAUAAUGGGCAUUGUAGCCGCAAGCCGGUCUUGGAAGGAGACCCGGGAUGUGGUGAUGAGGAAGUACCUAGCGGCAGAGAAAAUGGCAACGGAGGCUGACCUAGCAGCUGUUCAGAGGAAAAACUUCGCAACGUACAAUGAUUUCCUACGGGAAUUUACUCUAGUAGCACUAAGGAUCCCCGGGGUCACGGACCGGAUAAUGAGCAAAUAUUUCCUUAGGCAGUUCUCUGAGUUCGAUAAAGACAAGAUCCUGUCAGCCUACCAACAGACAAGCAAGUUCGUAAACACGCGGGAUGUUGAUUUUAGUACGGUAACAGAUCUGGCUGAGAAAACGGUAGUGACAGAAACGUUGGCUCUGCUCAAGGAAGGGGAGAUCAUAGACUUGACCAGUAGGACGGACGACAAGGUGAAAAAGGGGAUUGAAAGCCUAUACAAACGGGUGCAUGGAGUCGACAACAAGAUUGAAAGGAUGGAUAGCGCGCUACUAGUUAUGCAGGCACAAGUAUCCCGGCCCCCUCUCCCGCCCCAGGAAGCAGUAGUUCCGCCAGGGGUAGCCAAUCGAGGAUAUGGACGGAGAGAUCCCGCCAACGAACAAUGCAAAUACUGUACCGCGGUAGGACAUUUUGUGCGGGCAUGUCCGAAGCUUAACCAUGACAUACUGAAAAGGAGGUGUACCAGGUCAUUAAAGGGGGAGAUAUUUGGACCACAAGGGAAACGGGUGAACUGGAACUCGCCAGGAGGGAUGCGGCGAGCCAUUAUCAUGCUCAACGGGUUAGAAAUAACGGCCGUAGAAGCCGAACCGGUGGGCGAGAUCAUCUGGGAUCAACUCCGGGGGCGCGGGCCGCCGACCAACUUUAUUUUGAAAAGCGACGGAUAUGAUAGGGUGAACGCAACCACUCGACUGGGAACGACCGGGAGAAGGAUUAACUGUGACACCAUUAUGGAGGAGGUCGCCGGAAGCUCCGAACCCCAGACGGAGCCUGAGGCCGAGGAACCAGAGAAAGUCUAUGGGAAGCCUAGGGAAGAGGAGCCUGUGGACAAGGUUACCGCUGCUAAGAAGAAGUUUAGGUAUAAAAUCCUGAUCUUAACCUUGCCUGAGCUCGACGACGCCAUUAGCAAGUUACUAGGAACCAUGGUGUCGGUGUCUUUUCAGACCAUGCUGCAGGCUAGCCCUAGGUUGCUCAAAGGGCUCAGACAACUGUUGACUCGGAGGCGAGUAGAAAUAGGCGACAACUCCGAAUUACCAGGAGGGGAAAGGGAGGAGGAAGCGCCGCAAGAAGUGGCUAACCUUCAGAGGAGUCACAGGGACUUAGAGGAUCUCGAAAAGGCCUUUGCAGACAUUCGGGUCAGGGAAUCGAUCUGGUCGUUUCAGCGGAUGACCGUAAUGGAGGAAAUGAACCACGACAUAAUCCUCGGGAGACCGUGGUGCGCGAACGUGGAGAUGAUAGGCAUGCACUUGCACGAUGGCUCAUACAUGGUAGACAUAGAGGAUCCUGUGACCGGCCGAGGAGAGCUCCUCCGACUCCUUGGGACGGGAGGAGACCCCCCGAAGGGGAAAUUGGCAACAUGGUCGCCGUCGUUCGAGGAUAGCACGCGAAAAGGGGCUUUCGCACGGAUGGAGGGUAUGAGAGAAAGGGUAGAAAUCAUGAUUGAGGAAGCAUUCAACAAGAAGGAGUGGAUCAAGAUGGGCCUGCCCCAGAAGAAGAGGAGGCAGGAGGAUGAAGUCCUAGGUGUUAUGGUAGCGGAAAAGGAGUCAGAGGUCGAACUUGGUGCUAGCCUGCCCAAACAGAAAGAAGUACGCAUAGACGUGCCGGAAAUCGCACUCGAGAUCCCAGAUCUAUUGCAACUCAUCAAGGCCCUCGGAUACCACAAGGUAGGAGUGGAUUCGGCGGCCUUGGCCAAGUUCGAAAGAGAGGUGCAAAAGGGAUAUUGCUUGAAUGGGAAACUAAUCCCGGAAGGAAGUGUUCGAAAGUACAAGCCGGUAGGGAAGAAAGCAAAACCGGUCUCGAUCCUGCUAGAAACAUCAAAGAAAGAGACUAUGGAGAAGGAGGAAGAGGUCCUUCGAGUGAUCCGAGAAAGAAGGGCGACGGAGGGACAUCGGAUACCAGAUGAGGUAGCGGACACAAUGAAGAUAGGGAUAGACGGGUUCUUAACGGAAGAAGAAACCCGUCUGAUCAAAAGGACCUGUGAGGAGUUUCACCUGGCAUUUGCCUUUAGUGAUCACCAGAAGGGACGACUGGAUGCGAAGUUGAUCCCGCCGGGCAGAAUCCACACGGUAGAACAUGAGUGCUGGAAUGACAAGGGGCCAUCCUAUGAAUUUGGAAUAGCAGGAGAAGUAACAGACCUCUUCCGAGCGAAGAUGGACUCCUUCAUUGCGGAGCCUACGGCAUCGCCAUACGCAAAUCGGUGGUUCGUCUUUCGGAAGCCUAACAAGACGCUAAGGUGGAUUCAGGACCUGCAGAAGUUGAAUGCGGUAACCAUCCAGGAUGCUGGCUCGCUACCUCAGGCUGACUUAUUAGCAGAAUCGCACGCCGGUCGGAGCAUUUACUCCCUGAUAGAUCUGUACUCAGGGUACGACCAACUUCCGUUGGAUGUUCGAGACAGGCCAUACACCGCUAUGCACACCCCCGUAGGCCAGCUACAAAUGCAAGUGACACCUAUGGGAUUCACAAAUGCGGUGGCCGAAGCGCAACGCAGGAUGCUCGCCGUGGCCGGGGACAUGUUCCCAGAAAAAUGUGAGCCUUACAUCGAUGACAAUCCGAUCAAAGGCACGCAGGAGAAGGACGAGACGAAAGUCCAGUCAGUGAUCCGACGUUUUGUGUGGGAUCACCUGCAGGACAUCAAGGACUUACUCCGCCGGUUUCUAGUAUACAACAUUACGGCUAGUGGACCAAAGAGUAUCCUAGCAAUACCGGAGGUAACUAUACUAGGAUUUCGUUGCGGUGCUUACGGCAGGAAACCGAAUCCGGCAAAGACCGACAAGAUAUCACAGUGGCCGACACCACUGUGCACGACGACGGAGGUAAGGGCAUUCCUAGGCGUAGUCGGCUUUUGGAGGAUCUUCAUUAAGAACUUUGCCAAGAUUGUUGAGCYUAUCCGGGCUAUGAUAAGGGAAGAAGGAACCAUGGAUUGGAUGGAGGAGCGAGAAGGAGUUGUCCAAAGGCUCAAGGACAUAUUGACAUCUGAGACAGUCGCCCUGUCCGCGUCUUGUUUUAAUGACGAAGUGGAACGACCCUUCAUCCUAGAGACGGAUGGAGGACCUUUGGCCGUAGGAGGUGUGUUGAUUCAAAGGGAUGAAGGAGGAAUAGAGAGGCCGAUUAGGUUCGAAAGUAGAACCCUGAACUCCGCAGAACGGCGGUACUCACAAUUCAAGAAGGAAGUCGUAGCCAUGCUGCAUUGCCUUAAGACCUUCCAAGCCUACCUAUUUGGGAGGCGGUUCAUCUUAAGGAUCGAUCCGACGAAUGUCGCGGGGGCUCUAAAGAAUUGCAGGCCUAUAGAUCCGACGGUAGGGAGAUGGGUAGGAUUCAUCUGGCAGUUUCAUUACAAAAUCGAACGGAUUGUUGGAAUCCGCAACAAGGCAGAUGGGCCGAGUCGGGUUUGCAUCACUCCCGAAGGGAUGGAGGAUGCAGAGCCCAUAGACGCAUUCCUCGAAUACGAAGGAGGGACUCUCACGGUGGAUAACGAAAUAAUGAGCGAGGGAUGCACAUCGGGAGAACUAUUAAUCCAGACUUUGGAGAAGGGGGCACCUGCCGUAGUAGCAAAACUUAGAGAAGGACCAGUUAUCAUUCGAGGACGCAGAGAAGAAAAAGAUUCAUGGGGAGCGAUAGUAGGACCGAAAGAGGAACUAAUGGCAAUGGCGGUCGAGGGAGGCCGGAAAACAGUGAUGAGCUUAGUGGAAUCUUGGGAAAGGAAAAAAUUGCAAUGGGUGGUAAACCAGAUGCAGGGAGGAAAGGAUGAGGGCAAGGAAAGAGAGGAGUUUUUCUAUGUCCAAUUAUACGAAGGGCUCUUUCGGGAGAUCGGACUGUUAUUGGUAGGGAACAAACAACCUACGGAAGUCAGUAUUAAAGCAAGAGAAGAAGCCGAAAGGUACGUCCUAAAGAGCGGGCAUCUGUUCCGAAGGGAGGAAGGUGCUAUGCCAAGGAGGGUUGUGUGCGGAAGAUCUAGGCAAUUAGAUGUUAUCCAGACAAUGCACGAUGGGUUCGCUGGAGGUCAUCAGUCGUCCAAAGGAACGCUUGCAAAGAUGACGCCACUCUAUUAUUGGCCAGGCAUGGCAGGCAUGGUCGCCAUAUACUGCCAGACUUGCCUUAUUUGCCAAGAACAAAGCUCAGUGCGGGUCUUCGAGUUGCUUAGACCAACGCAGGUGCUAGGGCCGGGACAUCUGGUCCACCUCGACCUUGCGGUCAUGCCCGUAUCAACGGAUGGGUACAGGUAUAUUCUAGAUGCGCGAGACAACUUGAGUGGGUUCAUGGAGGCAGUCACCCUCAAGAAAAAGAUAGGGAGGAGUGUGGCGGACUGGAUAGAAGACUUCUACUUGAGGCAUCCGUUCGUUAGGAGGUUCAUAGCAGACAAUGAGACGGAAUUUGUGAACCAAGAAGUAUUGGGGAUGCUUAAGAGACUCUGCGUACCGAUCAAACUCAUCGAGCCGUAUCACCCUGAGGCCAAUGCACCUGUGGAAAGGGGGCACCAAACCUUGAAGAACACGAUUGCAAAGCUCGCAGCGGACCAUCUGGGGAACUGGCCUAGAUAUCUUAAGCAGGCUGUCUUUGUAGAGAAUAUGACCCCUAAAAGGACAAAAGGAUGUAUCCCGGCAGAGCUUUGGUACGGAAGAGAGAUCGACUUUCCUGUGGAAGCCUUGGUACCUACCUGGAAUAGGUUAGAUGAAGAUCCGCAAAUGACCACUGAAGAUUUAAUCGAGGCAAGAUGUCAACAAAUCCUUAAGAAUGAGGAGGUCAUGGAAGACAUCGCCAACUGGGUACUAGACAGCAGAAGAGGGACAAAACAAGGCAGCAUGACUUGGAAACCCUCACCCCUCCGCGAGGGAGAAGGCAUAGAAAUCUCGUCUGACAGUGAGGGAAGGAAGGAAAAGGCAGAAGUGGAAGAAGGAGGCAAUGCAGGUAUGGGAGAUAAGGUUCAGGUCUCUGAUGAGGAAGGAGCUAACAGGGGCAAACGACAUGAGACUUGGCGUGGGGAAAGCGAGGAGGAACAAGACAUGCGUGACGAACAUGAGGAGGGUGAUGAAAGAAGGGAGAGCCCGCUUGAAGGACGAAGUGGUCACGACAAUUGCGAGGGGUAUGGGGCGGGGAUAGAGACCCCUUUUACCUACGAUCCGAAGAGCCUUGGUGGUGGGUAUAGCCCCAUACAGACAGAAGACGAGGAGGACGAGGAGGAAGAUGUGCGAGAAGUCAUAGAAAUUAGCAACGGGGAUGAGAGGGAUGAUAUCUCAAAGCCUAGGGAGGAGGGGCGGCCUCCGAUGCACUAGCCGGGCGACGGGGCUUUCAGAUGGGAAGACGAGUUUGGGCCGACACCUAGUCAUUGGUUUCA